CUGUGGCGAACAUGUUAACUAUUAUGGGAAGGUGUAACUAUAGAAAAUCGUAAGGGGAGGCUCGUCCGAAAAAGUUGUAAAUGAUCGUUUACAAAAUUGACUUAUUUCAAGUUGCUUUAGCCUUCGAGCUUCGUUCUGGACGCACGUGCACGCCUAGCGGCCGAGGGAACCAUAUCCAGAAAAGCUAGACCUCGUAAAAAAAAUACCGCGCGCCUCUCCAUGACAACAGAUCCACUUCUAGCAACCGCCCUGUGGUGGAAAGAGCCACGUUGAGGCGAAAGCUUCAUAUAGAGGCAGCUCAAUAUUGCCAGCCUCGCAAACAUUAUUGGCUUGGUAAAAAGCAUUAACCAAGUAGCACGAGUCGAAUAGAUCAUUAAUAUUCUCAUCUUUAAUAAUUUCAAUGGGCAGAUUGGGAAUGCCAUACUACCUCACGUGUAGGGUUUGUUUCUUGGACCCAGCUAUCGAGAACGUGGUGUUUUGCCGCGGAAGUUGUGCGCAUAACCAAUGGUCGGUUCGCUCAGCUUUACAUCAUGGUAUCGUGCCCGGUGCGCCUGAUCGGCUUGUAGCCGGGCUGUUUCCUACAAUCCACCGUGAAUACGUAACUUUUCAUAAAAGCAUAUCAAAUUCGGCGGGCGAAGUGAUUUCUAUAAUGCUGAAAGAUCAAAACGUUUUAAAUGCUGCACAAAACUACGGUGGCAAACUAGAUAAUCAUAGACCAAGUUUUGGAGAAGUCAGCCAGUCUGUGACAAUCAUUUUUACCGAGUGUAUCUGCGCGUGUCAUUUACCAGAGCGUAGCCAGAUAUUAGUGGGAGCUGUUACUUGGUUGAAAAAUCUCGAACUUAAUUUUGGAAGUCUGUAACAGGGGCAUCCCGUUUUAUGGUGAUGGUCGCAGAUACUAUGGUGCAAAGCCCAGAUGUCCUAAAUGUCCUAAAUCUGGUACUGAUGAGGACCAUCUAGGGUUACAUUAUGUAGGAUACAUAAAUUAUGGAGGAG